GGACUGCCACUGGUGGCUUCCAUACGGGAGAGUGCUUCUCUAUUUCUCUAACUUUCUUCACCUUUUUACUCCUCUCCUCUUAUUUAAACCUCUGCAUACACAACUGUGUCUUCCCCUUCUCUGCGCUUUUGAACCCUCUCCUUUCCUUUCACUUUAAACCCUCUCUCUCUCUCUCUCUCUCCUCUCUCUCUCUCUCUCGUGUCCGAGUGAGAUGGCAAAGGGACCAGGUGAUGACGCGUUAGGACCCCUGAAAUACCAGACUUGGGUCUUGAAAGUCUCUAUCCAUUGUGAAGGCUGCAAGAAAAAGGUCAAGAAAGCUCUUCAUAACAUUGAUGGUGUGUAUACCACAGACAUUGAUUGUCAGCAACAUAAAGUAACAGUAACUGGAAAUGUGGAUGCGGAGACACUGAUCAAGAAGUUGGCGAAAACCGGGAAGCACGCAGAGCUUUGGCCAGAAAUUGUUGAAAAAAAAGAGAAAAAUCCCGGAAAAUCCAAAAACAAGAAAAAAAAUGACCCUGAAAGUAGCGAAAAAGUUAGUGAUGAUGAUCAACAUAAGAAUCUAGAAGAGGAAAUUGAAAACCCCAACAAAAAUAGUGGUGAUGAGUCUCCAGAGGAGGAUGAAAAGGGUGGUGAAAAUAAGGAGGCCGCUCAGGCUACUGGUGGUGGCAAUGGAGGUAAAAAGAAGAAAAAGGACAAAAAGGGUAACAACAAUGACGGUGAAAAUGGUGGGGAUGCACUGGGCGGCACUGAAUCUCCUUCACCUACCAAUGGUGUGGGCCCACUAAUUGGGUCAGUGAAUCUCGGCCCUCCAUUUCAUCCAGUGUACCCCUACCCACCACCCUAUUAUCCACCUCCAGCUUAUGGACUGAGUUACAAUACGGCAUAUCCUAGUACUAGCUCUUCGUAUUACGUCCCACCGGUGCUUGCAUACACGCAGCCACGCAUAGAUUAUCCACCAGCUCCACCAUCUGAUUCAAUUUAUGCGUUCAGCAACAAUAAUCAUGCUGAUUAUUAUUAUGAUGAUGAUGAUGAUGAGAGUGGUUGCUCAAUCAUGUGACUAAAUUGUCAUGAUAUGAGAGGGGUAUAUGUAAGAUUAUAUUAUAUAUAUGUUUCAGUAGUAUAUGAAGGAAAUUGGGGAGUAAUUCUGUAGAUGGAAAAUUUAAUGUGAGAUUUGAUGGAAAUAAAAGAGCUGUUUUAUGGUUUGUUUUUAUUUA